CCUUCGUGGUGUUGAAUUGGUUCUGAGCAAAAUGAAAUUCCUGAUCGCUUUCGCCCUGGUGGCCGCCGCCAGCGCAGAUGUCUCGCAUCUGUUCUCGGGCAGCAACAACCUGCAGGAGGAUGGCUACCACUACGCCCCGCCCCGCUCCCCCGUCGUGAUCGACGUGCCCUACGUGCCCCACGAGUCCGCUCCCCCAACCGUGGUAUACGAGCCACCCAAGCCCAGGCCCACGCCUCCCCGUCCCGUGUACACUGCCCCCCCGGUGGUCUACCACCCAACGCCCGCCGGCGUCCUGAAGGACGAUGGCUACCACUACGGCCAGCCCUCCGUGAAGUUCGAGGUGUCCGCUCCCCCGCCAGUGUACGUGAAGCCCCCAGCACCGAAGGUUGAGUACCUGCCUCCUCCGCCAACCAAGAAGGUCGUGUACACCCCACCCCCACCACCACCAACCAAGAAGGUCGUCUACGUGCCUCCUCCACCACCACCGACCAAGAAGGUCGUGUACACCCCACCCCCACCACCACCACCGAAGAAGUACACCCCACCCACGCCUGAGUACCUGCCCCCGGAGACCCAGAAGGUUGUGGUCUACACCCCACCCCCACCACCACCAACCAAGAAGGUCGUCUACGUGCCUCCUCCACCACCACCGACCAAGAAGGUCGUGUACACCCCUCCCCCACCACCACCACCACCGAAGAAGGUCGUCUACACCCCACCCCCGACUGGGAUCCUGAAGGACGACGGCUACCACUACGGCCAGCCCUCCGUGAAGUUCGAGGUGUCCGCUCCUCCACCAAAGGUUGAGUACCUGCCUCCCCCACCCACCAAGAAGGUUGUGUACGUCCCACCCCCACCACCACCAACCAAGAAGGUCGUCUACGUCCCACCCCCACCACCACCAACCAAGAAGGUCGUCUACGUGCCUCCUCCACCACCACCAACCAAGAAGGUUGUCUACGUCCCUCCCCCACCACCACCAACCAAGAAGGUCGUCUACGUCCCUCCCCCACCACCACCAACCAAGAAGGUGUACGUCGCCCCCCCAGUGGAGUACCUGCCCCCCGCCCAGAAGGGAUACAGCUACCCCAACGACCCCCAUCCGGCGUUCAACUUCUAGGCUGACGAAGCUCAUUGUAAAUACGCAGAUUAAGUAUUAGCCAUAUUUCUGAACGAGUUGUGAAUGAGUGGUUUGGCCUUUCGCGAGAAAGCCGACUCCACUUCGAGUUAACGUGAAAAUAAAAAUCCUUCGAUUUAAAA